UGCGCACAGGAGUGGAUGACGUCACCGCCCUGGUCAGUGGCGUUGACAGAGGUUUCUGCUGCCAUUCAAAACUGACCGGUCGGUUGCAGCUUGGCUGUCCUGCAUCAUGUUCAGAGCAGCCGUCCGAUUGUCUUUCUCCGGUGUUCGGAGUUUGACACGUACAAAACCGGCCUGCCAAGGUGUCUUGGCCUCAAGGUGCUAUUCCCACGGGACACAGGAGACAGAUGAGGAGUUUGAUGCACGCUGGGUCACCUAUUUCAACAAGCCAGACAUCGAUGCGUGGGAGCUGAAAAAAGGGAUGAAUACAUUGGUUGGUUACGAUCUGGUACCCGAGCCAAAGAUUAUUGAGGCAGCGCUGCGAGCUUGUCGAAGGUUAAACGACUUGGCCAGUGCGAUCCGAAUUCUCGAAGCGGUCAAGGAUAAAGCUGGCCCACACAAAGAGAUCUACCCAUACCUUCUUCAGGAACUUAGGCCAACAUUAGACGAGCUCGGAAUUUCAACACCCGAAGAGCUUGGUAUCGACAAAGUCUGAGUAAGCGAUAUCAAGUAACGGUGGAUGUCCUAAGAAUGCAGAAUCUGUCUACAUGUUUGCCUCAUCCGUCUGAUAUUUAAUUUUGCCUUUAUGAAGUUCUUUUGCUUGUAAAAUAUUGAUGAAUCUAAUAAAGGACAAUUUAUCUGUAACGCUUAUUGCAAGAUUUUCGGAAUACUGUUUUAAAAGAAAAAGUUAAUUACUACGUAAGGAAACAAUACAAAAGAGGCUGCUUUUGUCAAGUUCGGUUUUUGCCACCAGAGGGCAGACUUUUCAUGUUAUUCAAAAGCCAUACGAGUGGAUCUGUGUUUUCAUUUCACAAUGUUCAGCAGCUCAAAUAAAUGAGUUCAAAU